UGAUGGCGUCUCUCACGUCCCCGUGUUGGCGCCGCCGCCUGGGAGUCUCCCGUCUUGGUAGUCCAUCUCCUACUAACAACAACAACCGUUAGCCCGCGUGUGUCCGCCCGAGUUAUCUCGCACAACUGCUAUUACUGGCACUUGGCACUUUGAAGAGAGCAAGUGGUGACUUGUGUGAGCCAGAGAGGAUGUUGCUUCCCAACUUGCCGCCUCCGGAGGAAGGUAUCCGCCACCGCCAGUGCAACACUCAGGCCUUCAUGAACCAGCGGGAACUGGGCUUUGGGACCCUCUAUAUCGCUGAAAGCCGAGUUUCUUGGGCCAAAGACGGUGCCGAUGAAGGUUUUUCUCUAGAGUACCCACACAUUGCCAUUCAUGCUGUCAGCAGAGAUGUAUCAAGCUUUGCCCAUCCUUGCCUGUAUCUCAUGGUAGAUGCAAAAUUGGAAGAAACUCCAACCAAUGCGAUGAGCGGUGAUGGUUCCGAUUCGGAAGAUGAUGAUGAUGAAUCGGCUAUGACUGAAGUUCGGUUUGUUCCCUCAGACCAUUUUUCACUAGAACCGAUGUACAAGGCCCUUAAUGACUGCCAGCUCCUCCACCCUGACCCAGAAGAUCAGCAGUCUGAUGAAAAUGUUGGAGAAGAGGAUGACGAAGAUGAAGGAGAGUAUGAAGUGAGUGAGAACGGGUACCAUAUGCCUGGUUCCUCUGAAGACAACAUGGAAGGAGCAGCAGGCUCGGAGCAUGUAGUGCCUGAUGGAAGUGUUGGAGGUAAUGAGGGGACCAAUGGAGACACACAAGGUGAGGAAGCCAUGGAUAUGGGGCAGUUUGAUGAUGCAGAUAUGUGAAAAACUUUUUUUUAUAUAUAGGGAAUUUUGAUUGCUUUGUUUUAUUUUUCUAAUGUAACUAAAGAAAGUGACAGUUUAAUCAAAGUGAUAUGAAUGGGACAUAUGUUACAUGUACAGCCAGUAUGAUCUGAGGAAAGUGGGAUACAGUGUAUGUAAUAGAAUGAAAUGUAUCCACAGAAUCCAAUAAUGACAAGUUGGAAUAAAAAUGCCAUGACAAGUGGAAUGAUUUGUGCAAAAGGAUAUUCCUGUAUUUUUAUUUUAAAGUACCAUGUAUAAUAAACAACCUAUUUUAAGUAACGACAUAAAAACAAUAAGAACACAGCUCUUAAGUUAAAAGCACUUUGGUAUAAAGUUUGUUAUAAAGUUUGGUUUCAAAUGUUGUAAAGUAGAUAGUGACAGUAUGCUUAGUAUAUAGUAAUAUAUCCUACACGCGCACACCAAGAACUCUGCACAUUUGUUAUUCUCGGUAGAGUUACAUAUAGUUAACACAAAUGUGAUACAGAACUUGAACAUUAUCCUUCAUCACUAUAUCACCAUGGAUACGAUGACAGAGUAGGCUACGCUACUACAUUUGUUUCGUCAUAAUUUUUGAUGUAGGUAAUAUUUCUUUAUUUCUGUAAUAAAUUUCAUGAGUCAUUUGUUUCUAAAAAAAAAAUCAUGUUAUGAAAUAUUUUUAUUACUCUGGUCUUAUGUUUUAUGUCAAGGUAUUAAAAAAGUUUGUAUUAUGUUUAUCGUUACUUGUCCAUUUAACGUGAAAAUCGCAACAUAUUUCUUAAUUGUUACUUUAAAAAAAAAUAUCCUGUAAUUUUACAUUACUGUUUGUAGAUCUCUUAUUGUGUAUUUUUAUAUUUUGGAAUUCCUGUUUUUGUAUUGCAUUUUGGGGUCACUGAAGUCAUGUUGGAUGUCGUCUUGUAAUGUUUGUAAUAUUUUACCAAAACUGUUUAUUACUGCUGCUGGUGUUGAUCCUUCAUGGUUAGUUUGUUUAUACUUAACUGUAGACCAAUUACGGUUUAUCUUGGUCAGUAUUUCAUUUUAUGUGAGUAUAUUUUGAAUGAUAGAAUGAAUACAAAAAAACUGUUGUUGGAAACACCCUCAAAUAUACUGUAAUUUACUUAAAA